UGCUGCUGCCCGGUGACGUCAGCGCGCCGCCGAGUGACGCAGCGACGGCGGCGGGGCGGGGGGUGAGGCCUCGGCGCGGCGGGGCCGGAAAUGGUACAGUUGUUGCUGUGCAGCUGCAUGUUGCUGAAUAGCGUUUCUAUGAGCUUGCUGUUCAAUCUGUCUGUUGUUCAGAAUGGCGAAGAACCCUAAUUUUCAGGAAGCUGGUAAUGUGCCUACAGGCUACGUUCACUGUAGAUCUUCAGAGAGUUUUAGUGGCUACCAAUAUCACCAUCCCUCCAAGAUGAGUAACAGCCAUCCACUUCGUCCUUACACAGCUGUGGGUGAGAUUGACCACGUUCACAUUCUGUCAGAGCACAUUGGUGCUCUAAUGAACGGGGAGGAAUAUAGUGACGUUACCUUUAUUGUAGAAAAGAAACGUUUUCCAGCACACAGGGUGAUCCUGGCUGCUAGAUGCCAUUAUUUCAGAGCAUUAUUGUAUGGAGGAAUGAGAGAAUCUCAGCCUGAAGCAGAAAUUCCUCUUCAGGACACCACUGCAGAAGCAUUUACCAUGCUGUUGAAAUAUAUUUACACUGGUCGUGCUACACUACGAGAUGAGAAGGAGGAGGUUCUUCUAGACUUCUUAAGCCUAGCACAUAAAUAUGGAUUCCCAGAACUGGAGGAUUCUACAUCUGAAUAUCUUUGCACAAUACUUAACAUUCAGAAUGUCUGUAUGACGUUUGAUGUUGCCAGUCUUUAUUCUCUUCCCAAAUUAACUUUUAUGUGCUGUAUGUUCAUGGAUAGAAAUGCCCAAGAGGUUCUCUCCAGUGAAGGCUUCCUGUCACUUUCUAAGGCUGCUCUUCUAAGUAUUGUAGUGAGAGACUCAUUUGCAGCUCCUGAGAAGGACAUUUUCCAAGCUUUGAUGAACUGGUGUAAACAUAACCCCAAGGAAAACCAUGCUGAAAUCAUGCAGGCGGUACGUUUGCCACUGAUGAGUCUAACUGAACUACUGAAUGUUGUAAGACCUUCUGGAUUGUUGUCACCUGAUGCCAUCCUAGAUGCCAUUAAGAUUCGUUCAGAGAGUCGGGACAUGGACCUCAACUACAGGGGCAUGCUAAUACCAGGGGAAAACAUUGCAACAAUGAAGUAUGGAGCGCAGGUUGUAAAAGGGGAGCUGAAGUCUGCUUUAUUAGAUGGAGAUACUCAGAACUAUGACUUGGAUCAUGGCUUCUCUCGACACCCGAUCAGUGAUGACUGCCGUUCUGGAAUUGAAAUUAAACUAGGCCAGCCGUCAAUAAUCAACUAUAUACGAAUACUCCUGUGGGACAGAGACAGUCGGUCUUAUUCCUACUACAUUGAGGUGUCCAUGGAUGAAUUAGACUGGAUUCGGGUUAUUGAUCACUCUAAGUACCUCUGUCGGUCCUGGCAGAACCUGUAUUUUCCUGCUCGUGUCUGCAGGUAUAUUCGAAUUGUUGGGACCCACAACACAGUGAACAAAGUUUUCCAUAUUGUCGCCUUUGAAUGUAUGUUCACGAACAAAUCCUUUACUCUUGAGAAAGGUCUCAUAGUUCCCACUGAAAAUGUUGCAACAAUUGCAGACUGUGCCAGUGUGAUUGAGGGUGUAAGUCGCAGUCGCAAUGCCUUAUUGAAUGGAGACACAAAAAACUAUGAUUGGGAUUCUGGAUACACAUGCCAUCAGCUUGGGAGCGGCGCUAUUGUAGUACAGCUAGCACAGCCCUACAUGAUUGGAUCGAUACGGUUGCUACUUUGGGACUGUGAUGAUCGGAGUUACAGCUACUACAUUGAGGUUUCUACGAAUCAGCAGCAGUGGACUAUGGUGGUGGAUCGCACAAAAAUUUCCUGCAAAUCCUGGCAAACAAUCACUUUUGAUAAACAGCCUGCAUCUUUUAUCAGAAUAGUUGGAACUCGCAACACAGCUAAUGAGGCACUUCAAGAACAAGAAGUGUUUCACUGUGUGCAUUUUGAGUGCCCAGCACAAAACAGUACCCACAAGGACGAGAGUAGUAAGGAAGUAGCAUCAACAGAGGUGGGGACUGCUGGACAGUAGCUUGUUUCUCGCCCUGUUUGAGCUGCAAGCACUAGUCCCCUGCAUUCCCCUCCUGGAUCCACCUCGCGUUCACAUGCUCACCAACAAUAAAGAAGGUUGAAAGGGAGCUUUUGCAGCCUUGCUGACAUUCUAUGAAAUUAUUCAGAACCUUCUUGUGCUGGCACCUUUUCUUUCUUUGUGAACGAAGGGGACCAUUACUGAAAGCUGGAAACGUUGGAAUGGAAAAAGCUUUUCCUGAGCACAUGAAGAGACUGCUUCACUCUCCUCGAUUUGUUCAAAUCAGGCUGGUCUCCAAGGGGUGAGAAAAUAGGUCUUCAAUCCUCAUCAGUUACCCCAUUAACACCCUACCUCUCUAAUCUAACCAAGGCAUGGAAAACAGAAGGAAAUAAAAGGCAAGAGCUACAGUGGAAAUCUAAAAUUACUGGAGCAGAAUGGAAGGCAUAUGAAAUAAGUAUUUGUUCCCUAGAAGCUUUCAUUAGCAAAAAAAAAUAUUUAUGGAACACAUCAGUCCAGCAUAUAUGUUAUUUUUAAAAGUGAUUCUUCACUCAUAUUCCUUUGUAACUAGUAAUCUGUUUUCUAAA